CAAAUGACCGGCGUUCCGUCGGUCACUGGUGGGAUUCCUUGCUUUGCUUUGCUUGCUUCCUUUGGAUCCCAGCUCCCAAUUGUCAAGAGACAAAGAGGCCUCUCCCCCUGCUAGCUGUAGAUACCUGGCUUAUUCUGGGAUAUUGCGCGGAAAACGGCGUACGCGCCGCCUCGCCGCCGGCUAUCGCAGGACGGAUACAUAGCUAAUAAGUGCGCUUAGAGCGCCUAUCUGCCUACCUGCCUACUUUCAAGUCAUCUUACCCGUCCCGCCUCGCCCUCCUCUCUCUCUCCCCAACAAUACGCGCAUCCUUGUCCCACGUCUGCAUUACCUCCCGUCGCUGUGCGAUGCGACAAGCAACUCGUGACACCCUCACCCGCCAUGGCCGCUGCAGCCCUCCUGACUGCGGCCAACUGCCUGCUGCCAGGUCGCCUGCACCGUGUGCGAGUGCGUGUGCGCCAGCCCAUCAAUCACCCACCGGCCCCCCCACCCACUCACGACCACGCCCCCUGUCCAAGUCCCCGCCGCCGCUCGCUAUAUUAUUUUAUGAUUUUAUUCCCGCUCGGUACCCGCGGUCCCGUCGCCAGGAAACACUCGCACCGAGAACCCGACAGCCUGGGCACCGGCGCGCCGCCGCGCUGGAAACAGCCCACCAUCACGCGACUUCGCACGGGAAGCGGGCGGGCGACCUGCCACUGCCGCCGCCGCCGCAUGUAUGGGAUAAAAGAGCGCAAGAUGGCAAGGCGAUUGGGUGUCGGUGGCUUUGCCGGUUGCUUGCCUCAGGCUUCCCUGCCCGGAGCAUCGGCGUGGGUCGGACGCCCCAAGCGUGGAAUGGAAGCCAAACCCGGUGCCAGCCACAGGCGCCAAGCCACACCUGACGCACGCCGCUGCCGCGAGACGGGAGGGCCGGGCGCGCAGGCUGGCCGAGGCCUCGCGCGCCCGGUCGUGGUGGAGGCGCCUCCGGACGGCGUAGUGGCGCUGCCUGCGACGGGAGCCUAG